AUGUUCGGAGUCAAAGAGAUUAUUUUCAUCAUUGGCAUUGCGGUGGUUGCGGUUAGCGCCAGCAAAAGGAAUGCGCAAUGCGACUACGUUUGCCAGGGAAAAAUGACGAUUGAAUGCUGCGAAUGCAUCGGGUGCCAUCAAGGAAUGCGAUUUGGAAAACGAGCCAACAUGGUUUCACCACCUGAAGAGGUUGAAGAUGCCCGCGCCGUCGAGGAAAUGGCGCGCUUUGAGAAGCUCAUUGGGGCAAUGGAGAACGAAAUUGCGGCACGAUCCCAGCGAAUGCGUCUGCAAUACGAGAAGCAGGCCAUUUAG